AUUUUUAUAAAGUAUUUGCAUUCCCUGUACUUCAAAAAUGCUGCAUGUGCUUCUAGUUAAACAUAUCCAAAUUCGAACAAAGUCCAAUAAAUAUGUUUCGGUACUUUGUAACGAGCUUUGUAAUGCCUCACACCGAGUUUCUGACUGCAUGUGAACUAAUUGUACGUUUUGUUCUUUUAGAUAGAUCAGGCUGGUCCUAGUCUGUCCAGAGAAGUCUACUUCGAUAGUAAAAAGGUAAGCGGAACGGGAAUGACCCGCGACCUUUGGGAUACUAGUCCAAUGCUCUACGAACUGCUCUACCAAGACGAGGUCAAGUCGGGUCGAGUUGGCGCAUGAAUCAUGAUAUUUCGGAACUGAGUCUAGUUCCUUCGAUAUCAAUGUGAUACUUUUUGUGUGUGUUGGUGUUAUGUACUCAGGUAAAUAUGAUGUUUGUGAUGUUACUCUGACUCUGAGUGUGCAUCCACACCGGGCAAGCUGAAACGUUUUCCUUACCACGGUGGGAAUCGAACCCACGACCUUUGGGAUACUAGUCCAAUGCUCUACCAACUGAGCUACGAGGUCAAGACGGUUCGAGUUGGUGCAUGAUAUUUCGGAACUGAGACUGGCUUCGAUAUCAAUGUAUUCUAUAAGAUAUACUUUUUGUGUAUGCUGGUGUUAUGUACUCAGGGGAAUAUGAUUAUGGUGUUACUCUGACUGAGUGUGCAUCCACACGGGGAAAGCUGAAAAGUUUGCCUUAUUAUACGGUAGGAAUCGAACCCGUGUGGAAUCGGUGGGAAUCGAACACCAACACACACAAACAGUAUGGAUCCCACCACGGUGGGAAUCGAACACCAACACACACAAAAAGUAUCAUAUCUUAGAAUACAUUGAUAUCGAAGGAACUAUAGACUCAGUUCCGAAAUAUCACCGACUUGACCUCGUAACUCAGUUGGUAGAGCAGUGGACUGGUAUCCUAAACGUCGCGGGUUCGAUUCCCACCGUGGUGCACACUCAGAGUAACAUAUGCACAAACAUCAUGUAAGUAGUAGAAAUUAGAUAAAAAUCGAAAUUUAAAAUACAGAUAUACAGAUAUGAAAUCUCAGUAGGUAUUUAAAUGUCCUUCUUAUAUAUGGGUUUUUAUUUCCUUAUUUUUUAUGAUUAAUAAAAUUGAAGCGCUUUGGCACAUAUAUUACCCUCAGUUCAACUAAUUCCUCAACAUCAACUACUAAUUUCAUGGAGCUAAUUCCUUAAUCGUUCCUCAACAUCACUGAAUAAAAUCGCAUUAUACUGUACGUGCAUUUUACAGUCAACAAUAAUAAGCAUUAAAAUUAGAAGUUACAACAAAACAACAUGCAGUACAAGCUAAGAAGACAAGUGGCAGUAUUAGAAUCCUCUUACAAUAAUCCUUUGAAAAAGUACAAUUAAUUCUAUAUACAUGCAUGCACGUAUAUAUACGAAAUCCUUUAUAAAGGACGUGUUUAGGAUAUUUACUUGACCAGCGAGCAUAUUUCUAUUUAUUUAAGUCAGAUAUGUUAAAUCGAUAGGAUUAAGUGCGACAUGCAAUGUGGACUAAAUUUGUUUAUGAUUUGUUGAAUUUAAUAAAAAAAAGAUAUUCAGGAAAAUAAGUCACACGAGGUCAAACAAAGUGAUAAAAGCAAUUUAAGCAACAAAAGCAAAAUAAUCAAGUUGAUGAUUGAACAGCAUUAUUAUUUAUUUUUUAUUUAUUUAUUAACUUUACAAUCAUACAAAAAUUAUAACAAUGAUUGAAGGUAUGGUCAACAGGACAUGAGUCCCAUGUAAAGACCAACCUGAUACAAUACAAUAAGUAGACAUGACAAGGACAAGAACACUAUUUACAUAUAGCUAUAUAAAAAUUAAUAGUUUAGAUUAUGAGCAACAGCUUAAGUUGAAAGAACGGCAUUUAGAGCAGUAGGUUUUCCAAGUGCGCAUUCUGUUAGCAUGGAAAAAAGAGUUUAAUUGAGAAGAGUAGUGAGAAUCAGUAACUGUAGCUUAAAGGAUGAAACAGACGAACUGUUACGAAUGAUCGGAGAGAGAUUGUUCCAUAGAAAGACAAUUCGGUUAAAAAAAGAGUUUCUAAAAAGAGAGGUUUUGCACGGAUUGACUUGAAGCAAGUUGUCAUUGCUUGACCGAGUGCGCGAAAUGAUUAAUUAAGCCAUCGCGCUUUCGAAAUAUUACAAAUGUUUCCUACUGCGGUUUGUACACACACACACACACACAUAUAUAUUAUAUAUAUAUAUAUUAUAUAUAUAUAUUAUAUAUAUAUAUAUAUAUAUAUAUAUAUAUAUAUAUAUAUAUAUAUAUAUAUAUAUAUAUAUAUAUAUAUAUAUAUAUAUAUAUAUAUAUACUUUCAUGUGCAAAAAUAAAACCGUUUCGAUAAAACUUAAAAUUGCAAUAAUUAAGCUGCCAUCGGAUUAACAAACUUUGAAUCACGUAGUUCACCUAGCCAAUGUAGCCACACUGCCACAGUAAGUAGAUGCAGUGUAGGCUAGCUCAGUAAUUGGAAAGUUUUACCUACGUUGAACACCUCGGUUGAGAUAUUGUAAAGCACAGUUUAUUUUUCUCGUAAAUUAGAUCAUCAAAGCAUACACAGAAUUCAUCAUAGAUGUCGCUGUCGCUUUAAAAGCAGACCCGAAAGAAGCAAAAAAACAAGCAGAGGAACUUGUCGACUUUGAGAAAAAGCUGGCAAAGGUAGCGUGCCAAUCUUGAAUCAAUAUAUAAAUGAUAUCAUAAAAAUAUAUUGACUAUUAUUCAAAUUAUGUGUUAUAAAUCCAUCAUUUCCAUAUGUUCCUUGUGGAUGAGAUGUCCGCCAUCUUAUUGAUCUUGGACAGCGGCGACUGCCAUAGUGUUCAUUUCUUGAUAUAUAAGUUCUUCCUGCAAUCACGUCAUUCAAAAUCGAUUUCUUUCUACCUAUAUACUCGUUCGUAUCUAUACUAUAUCAAAUAUUUUAAAUUUUCUAUUCUUAAAAAUGUCCUACAUAUAAGCAUCGUUUUAUUAUUUUAUCAUUAGAACAAAAAUUGUUUCUCUUGUAUAACAUGAUUGUUGUUAUUAAUUCAAUGUUCUCUUCACCUAAUCCUCAUUAUACUACGUUCCAAACUUCGUUUCGAACGUCGCUAAUUCGUUUCGAAGAUAUUAUUACAACUCUUCGUGUUAAACAUGUGUCUUCAAAACCUAUUGUUCUGCUUCAUUUAGAUCAGUGUCCCAAGUGCAGAUAAAACAGAUACGUGGUUCAAACAAAUGACGAUGAAGGAACUGAGCCAUAAAUUACCACAGGUUUGGAAUUUAUAAGAUCGUAUCUUUCUAACAAAGCAUUUCGUAUUACCUUUAGUAAUCAUUUCGAUAGAGAUUUCUGCAGAAUUAUUAAAAACUUGAAAAGAAAAAAAUGUUUGUGAAAUAUUUUUGAAUGAGAAACUGCGAUUAUAGAAAAGCCUUCCUAUAGUUAGUAUGCCAUCUGAUAUGGAAUUUUUUCUUAAAAGUUAACCCAAGGUUUUAAAAUAACCCAUGCAGGUAUUGUCUGAAUGCAUGGAUCUGAAAUGAUCAGACUACCAACAAAUAUUAUUUUUCACCUGAAUAUUUAGUUCCCGUGGCGACACUAUGUGCAAGAAAUAUUCAGUCAUACAAAUAUCUCCGACGACGAGCCAGUUAUUGUUCCUGCACUUUCCUACCUGGAGAAAUUUGAAGACAUCACCAAACAUGCAUCAAAAACGUCAGUAUAUAUACUUACAGUGUUGGUGGGUUUCAGUAUGUGUUAUGUAUUAGGCAGCAGGUGCUGGCAAACUUAGAAAUGUCGAUACUUAUAGAAGCAUGCAUGCAGAGGCUACUCUGGGAACUCGCCUAAACUCGCCACGAAAUAAUCGAGUUUGGCCGAUUUAAGCAAAACUCCAACUUUUGAGCAAUACGAUUUAGGCGAUUUAAUCUCAGUCAAUUUGGUUGCGAGUUUAGGCGAUUUAAGGUCCCAAAGCAGGCCUAAGCAAGCAUCUCUCAACUUUCUUUAUUUCGCUUACAAUAUAAAAGAAUGCAACACAUAAAUUUUAUAUUGUACUCUAUUAACUUAAUUUAGCCUUUAAACUACAAUGUUUUUGACUCAAUAAAGCAUCUAAUGAAAAGUGUUAACAUUAUUUCACCAUUCUCAUAAAUACCGGUUGACGCCGCUGCAUGUAGUGCUUAGUGAAAUCAUAGACAAUCCAGAAGACAGGGACUGGAAACGCAAGCUAGAAAUAUGAUGACAAAUCGUGACAUCCGUGAUGUGCCUGUCACGUAGCAAUUACUUGGUUACCACGGUAACAAGUCUUUAAAUUUACAUAAAAACAAAGGCAAAUGCGUGUAGUUUAUGCAAAAUAUAUCGUAAAAAAAGCGUAUUAUCUGAAUUUUGGGAUCGUAGUCGUGGAGCGGCUAUACUAACAAAGGUAGAUACGUCCAAAUUUUCAUUUAUUUCUAUUUUAUAGUGAUGCUAAAUGUAAAAUUUGGAUCGUGCUAUCGGUAAAUCGCGCACGCAGCAAUUAUUUCCAGAAAAAACUGCCAAAACUAACCCUGUAACUACAAACUUAACCUGUUUUGUCUUUGACGAUGAAGCCAUUUGAAAUCACAAGAUUGUAAUCUAUCGAAUAGGCUAUUUUUUAUAUCAAUUUGGUAUCAAAUUCAACCAAAAAUGUUUACUGAAUUUGAUUGUCAGAAUUACGAAUGUUGUUAGCCGGUGUCCCAGGAUUUUCGCCCCCCCUACAUUUUCGCCCCCCGGGGGGCGAAAUUCCUAGGAAUAUCGCCCCCCAGGGGGGCGAAAAUCCUAGGAAUUUCGCCCCCCUUUAGGAAAUUCGCCCCCCUUUAGAAACUUCACCUUUUCUUUAGGACUGUCGUCCUCCGUUCAAAAUUUCGCCCUUCCUAACAGUUGCAUGGGAUAACGAUUACAUGGCUUUAAUCAUUUGAAAUCAGUAUCAAUUCAAAAUUGUUAAGACAGAGCUUGAAAUAACAACCGAUCACCGAUCAAUGAUCGGCAAGGAAUUGCUUAUGAUCGGCGGAAAAGCAGAGUUUCGGUUUCCAACCUGAAAAAAGCAGGGAAAGUCGCGACUGCCGAUCACCAUGGUCGGGAACUUUGGGAACGUUAUUUCAAGCCCUGCAUGUAAGAAUACAAAUUUACAAUUACAUGUAUCGAAAGGGCUUUACACAGUUACAGUAGAUGAAUACUCAAUAGGACUUAUGACGCUUCACAGCACACCAUGCAUAUUUUGCAUUUUCAGUGUUAAUCCUUAAACUCAUUGUUAAAAAGUAAUCACCGUGGUGGUUAUUGUAAUUAUUGGUAUAUGUUUUGCAUCCACGUUUUGUCGUUAUCGGAAAAUGUAUGGUUUGUCACUAUUUUUUACUUGCAUUAUUUCAAUAUAGUUUAUAAAUCUCAGAAGCGAAGGGUAGAACUUGCCAAUAGGCAAUAAUCCAAUAAUAUACGUUUCAAAAAAGACAAGAAAGCUUUUAGUUUUGCAGAGUUACAUUCUCAAAUGUUUAAGGCAUGCACUAAUAAAAUCAAAGUAUCAUGAAAUGAUUUGAAUAAACCACACCACAUAUAUAAUGCAAUUUUCUUUGCGGAAGUGAAGAAUUAAGAUUAUAUCACUGACACGGAAAGUUGACGAUUCAACGGACAAUAUAGUCAAUACGCUUCCCAACACAUUCCAUGGAUUUUUUACUAAUCCUAUAGUUUAUUGUUAGCAAGUGAUUACUGUGGCGGCUAUUGUUAACACUCGUAUUGAUAAAAUUUGCAAGCUUGUAAUAAAUAAAUAAAUCACACAAUAAAUCUUUUCAACUUGCAAUCGUUUUGUUUUUAGAUCAAAAAUUCAAAAUUUAUAUGGGGGGGGGGGCGAAAUUCCUAAAGGGGGGCGAUAUUCCUAGGAGAUUCGCCCCCCAUAUUGUUCUGAAAACUUGCUGGCAAAACUAACCCUGCAACUGAAAAAUAAACAAUUUUUGUACUUUGUGGUCAAAGUAUGUGUAAUCACAAGAUUGUCAUCUAUCGAAUAGGCUAUUUUUUAUAUCAUUUUGGUAACUUAUUUGCCCAAAAAUGUUUACUGAAUUUGAUUGACAGAAUUACGAAUGUCGUUAGCCGGCAAUUGUAAUCGUCAUAUUGUUCUAAAAACUUGCUGGCAAAACUAACCCUGCAACUGAAAAAUAAACUAUUUUUGUACCUUUUGGUCAAAGUAUGUGUAAUCACAAGAUUGUAAUCUAUCGAAUAGGCUAUUUUUUAUAUCAAUUUGGUAAUUUAUUCGCCCAAAAAUGUUUACUGAAUUUGAUUGACAGACUUACGAAUGUCGUUAGCCGGCAAUUGUUAUUGUCAUAUUAUUCUGAAAACUUGCUGGCAAAACUAACCCUGCAACUGAAAAAUAGACUAUUUUUGUACCCUUUGGUGAAAGUAUGUGUAAUCAUAAGAUUGUAAUCUAUCGAAUAGGCUAUUUUUUAUAUCAAUUUGGUAACUUAUUCGCCGAAAAAUGUUUACUGAAUUUGAUUGACAGAAUUACGAAUGUUGUUAGCCGGCAAUUGUUAUCGUCAUAUUAUUCUGAAAACUUGCUGGCAAAACUAACCCUGCAACUGAAAAAUAAACUGUUUUUGGACCUUUUGGUCAAAGUAUGUGUAAUCAAAAGAUUGUAAUCUAUCGAAUAGGCUAUUUUUAUAUCAAUUUGGUAACUUAUUUGCCCAAAAAUGUUUACUGAAUUUGAUUGACAGAGUUACGAAUGUUGUUAGCCGGCAAUUGUUAUGUCAUAUUAUUCUGAAAACUUGCUGGCAAAACUAACCCUGCAACUGAAAAAUAAACUAUUUUUGUACCUUUUGGUCAAAGUAUGUGUAAUCAAAAGAUUGUAAUCUAUCGAAUAGGCUAUCUUUUAUAUCAAUUUGGUAACUUUUUCCCCCCAAAAUGUUUACUGAAAAUUUGACGGGCAAAAUUACUUUUGCGCCAACUAGAAGAUGGCCAUUUCUGUUGCCCUCACUUCGAACCCUGUAACUAUAGUUUAAUUAAAUAAAGUUCAGAGUUUGUAAUUUACAUAUUUUGAACAAAAAUAGACCUGUGGAUGCACUUGUCCCGUUUCCAAACUUAUAUCGGGUCAAACAAAGCCAAAAACCGCCUUUUGAAUGUUUGCGUAAUGUUUUUGACGGUAAAAAAGUCGCCAUUGGCAUUGCCAUUGUUGUUGUCCGGCAAAGUUUGUACUCACUUCGAACCCUGCAACUACAGUUUAAAUAAAGUUCAGGGUUUGCAAUUUACAUAUUUAAAACAAAUAUAGACCUGUGGAUGCAUUUCUCCGGUUUUUAAACUUAUAUUGGGUCAAACAAAGGCAAAAACCACCUUUUAAUGAUUGCGUAAUGUUUUUGACAGCAAAAAAGUCGCCAUUGCCAUUGGCAUUCUUGUUGGCAUUGUCGAAAGUUAAGAGUGUCAAACAUACAAAACAAAACUCACCGUUAAAAUAACUGAAACCUUGUUUUUAUUUCUUUUUAAUAAUGGAUGCCUUAGCAAAAAGGGUUUUCGAGAAAGAAAGGAUUUGUUGUCAAUAAAAUGGAAGGUAUAUUAAUUAAACCGAAAUUGCCAAAUUCAAAUUUUAAAAUACAGAUCAAGGAAAACUUCGAAAAGAUAACUUCAAUCAAUUUAUAUAACGUAAUUACAGUGAAGCAAAACUGAAUAAAUAUACGUAAACUUAAUUAAAGAAAACUACAAUACGCAAACAAACCUGAAUCGUGCCUGAAAGUCCACCCCAAACUGGAAAUCAAAAUUUCGAACAAGCUCGAAAAUUCUUUGCACUCGUCUCUGAAUAAGCAGAUCCGUUUUAUAAACUUUACACACAAUGUGAUAUACUUAACUCCCUUUUCAGUGUAGAUUAUUUAAACAAUUUUCCAGCAUAUAAAGAGCUGUAAAACAGCAGACAAGUAUCGGUCCACAAUCUAUCGUUUUAUUCUUUUUCGAAGCAACAGGCCAUUCACUCACAUGGCAUGAUGGCACAAGCGUCACGCAAGCACAUCACGGAUGCCACGCGCAAAACAUUAGGCGUUUACAGUCCCUGUCUUCUGGAUUGUCUAUGGUGAAAUCCACCUAUAUAUAGAUUACAUUACAGUUACAUGUCAAUUAUUAGUAAGCUGAUCGGCUCUUAAUAGUGUAUAAAAGCUAAAUAAAUUAACUUGAAUACUAGCUCCAAGUUUCUUGUUUGGAACAGAGCUUAUUAAAAAGCUUAUCAUAUAUUUUAUUUAAGUAUUCCUUAUUUAAUACUAUAUUCACUGACGUUAUAUAUAUAAAGCCAGUAAAACUGUAGUUUAAGGUGGCUCCCUACACUUUUUUAAAUGAAAGAUUUUCGGAUUUGGAUGAUUUUCUGGACAAUUAUUACUUGUUUAAAAACGAAGAGUAUCUGACUGGCAUAACACAAUAAUUUUUCAAAAGCUACUUCUAACAGCCUUUGCUAACAAUGACGUCACAACAUGGCGGAUAUUUUAUGUUUAAAGUAAUUUAACUCGAAAAUAACUUCGGUGACCCCCAUUUUUUAUUUCAUAAAAUGAUUUCUAUUGGUGUUUUGAAUUAUUUUCAUGAUUUUAAAAAUUCUGUCAUGCCGAAAUUUUCAGAAGAUAGGAAAAUGUGAAAAUUUUUUUUGCCAUGAUAGAAUUUUUUUAAAUCUUUAAAAUAAUUCAAAAUACUAAAAGAAAUCAUUUUAUAAAAUAAAAAAUGGGGGUCACCGAAAUUUUUUUCCAGUUAAAUUACUUUCAAGAUAAAAUAUCCGCCAUGUUGUGACGUCAUUGUUGCCACAGCAACGGCAGUUAGGAGAAAUGGUUAGGAGCACCUUUUUAAAAAUUCCUAACUCCUUAGUUGUUGUGUUAUACAAGUCAGAUACUCUUUGUUUUUAAACAAAUAAUAAUUCUCCAGAAAUUCAUAUCCAAAUCAGAAAAUCUUUAAUUUUUAAAAAGUGUAGCGAGCCACCUUAACUUGUUUUCUUCCGUUAUGAACAAAUAGUGCACAUGAAUAACCGUUUUACCCUACCCAAAAACCUCAUACCCGUCAAUGCAUGGGAAACAUUCUUGUGUAAAGAUGCAAACCCUUUCCUCAUCGUGCAUUUUUUAAAAAUUUUAAUCAUUCCUUUAAUUCUAGUAUUCUUUCCAAUUACGUUGUCUGGAACGUAAUCCAAGACGAGAUUCCAAAUCUUUCUAAGGAAUUUCGUAAGAUCCGUAAUAAUUACAAGAAUAAAGUAAUGGGAUCACAUGGUCAGAGAAAACGAUGGAAAAUAUGCGUAUCAAUGACUAACGACUAUCUUGGUGAUGUCAUUGGUGAAACGUAUAGCAGAAAACAUUUUGAUAAAGAAAAGAAAGCUUUGGUAUGUGGUCUUUUAAUUAAUAUACUAGAAUGCAUUUUAUACGCCAAGAAAAUAUUGUAUCAUUGAAUUUGAUUGAACAAAACCAUCACUUUAAUAUCAUCACAACUUACGCGGAACAAUAUCAUACGCAACGGCACAACUUAAAAAAAUACUGAUCCAAGCCAGUCAGGUUGAUUAAUUUAAGGUCGUAGCUAUACUAUCGUUACGUUCUGGUAACGGCCAACGACCUUCAACCGGUCAUCAAUUUUUUUACUUUUUACUAGUGGUAUUCGUGAUUUGCUUAGAUUAUAUUUGUCCUUGUGAACAUUUGGCAUCUCAAUAGGCUCCUUGCUGUUAACUAAAAAUACCUGUAAUAGGUGACUGCAUGGAGAGCGUCGAGACAGCUCUCGACUCGACAGCUGUGGGAUUUGUAACGAAAGGAGUAAGACAAAGCACAGCAUUUUUCUUAAUCCGGAUAUAUUUUUCAAAGUGUUUUUAGACCAGCUGCAAAGGGCUCGUUCCUUUCUAAAAACGAUAUCACUAAUGGAAAAGCUCGUUAAAGGGAGUCAAAUAAUACAUUUCCACUAAAUUACAUAACCAAACGAGAUAGUGUAGCUUCACAUUCCUUAUGGAUUAUACCACACUUGCUUGAGCUAUAAUUUCAUUACCUGAGAUACAGGUAGCAUAAAACAUUCAGCUUUUCAGUUCAGUAUUCUUUCUAAAUCUAAAGGAACCGUGUAUCUUCCCAAUGUAUUCUCUAGGCUAAGAAAAUGAUAGUGAACGUACGUAAAGCUUUUCAAGAAAAUGUAGAUGGACUGAAAUGGAUGGAUAAGUCGACAAUUGAUGCAGUUCAAGAUAAGGUCAAGAAAUAAUUGUUACAAUAGUUUUUACAACAAUCUGACUACAAUAGUAAUAAUAUUUAUAUUAUUGAUACUACAGUAGGCUACAUCUGCAUAACUAUGCAUCAGUCAAAUGAAUGCUAUUAAUUAAGACUAUGAUAUAUUAAAUAUUAUAGUAGUAAUUGUACUUGAUUUUGUUCUUAUCAGUUCUAGACAUUCCCUGAGGGAUGAACUACACUGUAUCAGAUUUUUCAUCCUUCAACACUUUUCUAUAAUUGGUAUUAUUUGUGUCCGAAGAGUGUUGCAUGCUGGUCUUUACGGGCAGGAUAUUUCGAAACUAAUUACGAGAAAUAUUAUACACCCUCACAAUAAGGUUGUCCAAUUAGGUUUAUAAGUAAAGGCGAACACAAAACUAAUGAACGUCGAUAUUCUCCACAAAAUAUCGUAGUAUUCCACAAAAAACGACCUAGAAUAUUAUUAUGCAAGCACAACAUGGCUCUCAGAGGUCUGAUGAGAAAUAUUUUUACCAUACUUGCCGAAUGGUCAAUUAUGACAAGAUGUGAAUGUGAAAAAAGUUGCCUGACUCCCUUUCAAUUGAACACUGCAAACAGACUUUUAUAUUGCUGUUUGUGAUCGAAGCUGAGCAAAUAUACAUGUUAAUAGUCUGCCGGCAUAGCUUACAGUCUAUACACCAUCGUUUCAUGUAAAUAAUCAAAUAAACUGAAUUUUUUAUUUAGGCUCAUGCGAUGCGAGAUCAUGUUGGUUAUCCUAAUUACUACGACAGUAAGACGAAAUAUUUGAAAAGAUUUAAAAAAUACAAAAAGGUGUAGUACACAGAUAAUAUACGAAAAUUUGGUUGGCGUUGACACGAAUCGUCGAAUCCCAUCAUCCAACGCCAAACAAUAGGAUAGUUUGUUUGUUUGUUUGUUUGUUUGUUUGUUUGUUUGUUUGUUUGUUUGUUUGUUUGUUUGUUUGUUUGUUUGUUUGUUUGUUUGUUUGUUUGUUUGUUUGUUUGUUUGUUUGUUUGUUUGUUUGUUUGUUUGUUUGUUUGUUUGUUUGUUUGUUUGUUUGUUUGUUUGUUUGUUUGUUUGUUUGUUUGUUUGUUUGUUUGUUUGUUUGUUUGUUUGUUUGUUUGUUUGUUUGGGUCGGUGAAAUAUUUAUUUAAAUUUAGUUUUAUGAACUUUGCAUACCGGUAUGCAUGCUUGUGCUAUUACAAAUACCUAAAUAAUUAUUUUCUUUAGGUGCUGUUUAAAGCAGAUACAUUAUUCGCCAACAAAUUGGCUUUAUUGAAAAUGUCACAUCAAAGAAUGUUGAAAAAACUUCGAAAGCAUGUGGAUAAAGCAGAGUAAGAUGAACAUUUUCUCAAUCAAAUUUACAUGUAAUGUAUAAUAUUAAUUAAUUUUUGUAAUGCUUUUUAGAUGGCCGUUAGAUCCACAAACAAUUAACGCCAUGUACAGUUUCAAUGAAAACCAAAUGGGUAAAUAUCAGAAAUAGUUCAUCUAUAUAUACACCAUGUCCAAGGUCAUAUAAUCGUUCAUUAAAUUCUCGUUCCACAUAUGCAGUAGAUGCAUGCAAGCCUUCUAUAAUAUUUCCAGAAAAGAUUAUCGUACCGUAAUUUUUGUCUCGAAAUGUUAAAAAACUAUCUACUGAUUGAUAUGCAACAGCUGUUUUCUCAUCAACUAUUUAAUUUAUAUUUAAUAAUUACUUUGGUUUUAGUUAUCCCUGCCGGAAUAUUACAACCACCGUUUUUCCACGGAGUUAAUGCCCCUAGGUAAGAACGAUAUAUUGAAAAAUAUAAUAGUUAUUUUAAUAUUUAAAUAUAAUAAUUAACAUUUCUUAUUUCUGUAAUCAUCAAUCCAUUAACUGCUGUAACUUCCGGACGAAGAGGCUUUUAAUUUAUAUUGUUUUAAGGUAGUUAGGUCCUCCAACCGUUACUUACACUGAAACCCCAAACUCAAGACAUCCUCUUAUAGUGCAGCUGUUCAGAUUGUUUGUCCGUUUGUUAAUCUUAGAAAUUUACUUAGAAAUUUACUUUGCUAUAUUUAGCAUUUGUAUAUUAAAGCUUGAUAUGUCUUUAUAGAGCAAUGGUAUAUGGUGCUAUUGGUGCCAUUCUUGGCCAUGAACUAACACAUGGCUUCGAUAAUACUGGUGAGUGAAGAAAAUUCUCAGCUCAUGCAGAUAUGCUCAACAACUGACGGUAAAUUCCCUCUUCACAGGAGGUGAAGAAGUCGACAGUUGACUUAGGACCGCCGUUUAUAUUGACCAAGCCCUUGUGACACAUGCACUGUGUGCUCUUUUAGAAUGUAGGGGAAUAUCAUUUGCGCAAAUCCUUUAUUGCAAUCACAACCGAAUUAUUCAACGAGCUUGUAUUUUUUCAAAUAAUUAAUCAGUUCAUAUUUGAGGGUUGUCCGAAGAAAGGAAUGAAAAGGAAUGUCAAAACAGUGGACUUGAUAGGAUAGGUUUAUUGAAGUGUGACACUUUAACAGUUUUUUCGGCAGUGCAAACUAUUACUCGUGGUCCUUACUAGAUCUUAUAUUAAUUAAAGCAAAAAUAUUAACAUAUACAAUUGUUACUUGCAGGACGAAAGUUCAAUAAAUACGGUGAAUUGACGAAAAACUGGUGGAGUUCAGACUCUUUGAAGCAUUUUAAGAAAAGAUCAGAUUGCGUAGAAAAGCAAUACAGUAGUUAUAAAGUUCGAGGGAAGUACAAGGUGAGACUUUCAUAUACAGUCUUCAGGAAUAUUUUGUGAAUACAGAUACCGUAUUUAUUCUAUUUAGCCCCGGCCAGCCUUCUUAGCUCCACCCUUCUUUCGGAUUAUCUCCCAAAAAAUAAGAUAAGCUCCCAUCCUAGCUCUCUUAAUUAAAUCAUUUUCAGUAUAUAGCAAAGUAUGAUCACAAAUUUUUUCUACUGAUAUUAAUGUAUGUAUGAUAUGUCUAAAUAUUGGUAAAUUGUAUAUGAAAUUUUCUACAAAUAUUUUUCUAAUGAUUAUUCUAUAAAUUAAUAUAAUUUAAAAAAACAACAUGAAACUUCAUAGCCCACACCCUGUAAUUAGCCCCCUCCCUUUAAUAAUAUUAAGCCACCACUCUAGAACCACUGAAAAAAUAAGCCCAAUUUAUUUCAACAUCCAUGAACAACUGUUGUUGGCUCAUCAUGUUAUACCAAACAAUUGUUGAUCGAAUCUUGUUUUGUGUUGGUUGAACAAUAUUAAAUUUCUUAACCUUAUAUAAUUGCUGUACACUAUAUAUAUAUGCAUGCAUAUAUAGUAUACUAUCAUAUCAUAAUAUCUGUAUCAAUUGUUAUUUAGUUAAAUGGAAAGCUCACUUUGGGUGAAAAUAUAGCUGACAAUGGAGGUUUCCGGGCUUCACAAAAGGUACGUAUUCUUUAUCUUUUAUGAUUAUAUUAUAUCAUAUUAUUGUAGAUUAUUAAUGCACCUAUAUGUUUAUUUUUCAUUCAUUCUUCCCUUGUUGUUUCCAUUUACUCAUCCACUUCUUUACCUGAUUCAUGUUUUUUUUUAAACAGGCAUAUCAAACAUGGUUAAUGAAUAACAAAGAAACAACACUUCCUGGCUUGAAAUAUACUAACGAACAAUUAUUUUAUAUUUCAUUUGCACAGGUACUGCACAAUCUAAAUAUUACUGUUUUCUGUUUGAGCGUUUAUUUCCAAAAUAUUUUGCAUUCAUAUUUAUUUUCUCGUAUAUUUCAGGCAUACUGCAGCAACAGUCGUCCAACACAGGAUUAUCUGGCAACACUGACUGAUCCACAUUCAGACGAAACUUUCAGGUAACUUUUGGCAAUUUAUUCGAUUUACUUGUGAUGAAGACCAUGGAUCAAAAGCUUCCACAAACCAAACUAUUUUAUUUAUCGCCAUGCAAAUCUCCAAAGAACUUUAUAUUUAAUUUAAGAACUGAUUAAAAAGCUACUGUACUGUGUGAUAAACACACAAUGCUAGGUUAAGUUCCAUGUGCAAUAUUAAGUCCCAUUGGUGCAAUGUUUAGUCCCAUCAUUACUGUCCAUUUUUACUGAAUUCAGUAUUUUCUCCUCAAGGGUGAAAGGAGUGUUGUCCAAUUCUAAAGAAUUUGCACGUGCAUUCCAAUGUCCGAAGGGCAGUCCAAUGAAUCCUAAGACAAAGUGUGCAGUCUGGAUCAGUGAUGACGUAGUGCAAGAUGAAACAAAGACUCAUGGGAAAUUACUGCCAAAUAAGCAUAUUAAGGAGAAAAAAACAAAAACGUCCAAAUCUACAAAAGACAAGUCAUCUAAAACAAAGUCAUCUAAUGCAAAGUUAUCUAAAGCAAAGACAUCUAAAGCAAAGUCAAAAAUCUUGAUGAAAAAGAAAAAGAUAGUUAAUAAGCAUCCUAAGAAAACAAAACAUUAAAAUGUGGGAUAGAAAAGUAUUCUCUAGGUUUGUAUCUUUUUGAAACAUUCACAUACGGUGACGAGAAAAUAAUUUUGAGAUGAAUUCAAUAACUACAUUCGAUUGUCUACUGUAUAUUAUACAGUAUUAAACUUUUGAUAUUUGGCUUUACAAAUAUUUUCACAACCUCUUUCAAAACAGCAUGGCUGUUCAUCUGUGUUUACAGUUAAAGUUGUUUUGUAGGUAAAUUCGGUUUCCCAUCAAGGAUGCCAUGUCCAAUUAAACUCUAUUUCAGUUAUUAAAGAAACUAAAGCUGUUAACCUAUUGGCCAUUUUUAUUAAAUAAUUUAGUGUUCAUAAAAAUUAAUUACGUUAUUGCACAAUUUUAAACCAAUCAGAAUUGUGUAUUUUAGAUUUAACUUCUAUUAAACUAUAAAAUAGUAGAACUUUAAAAAGUAGGGUAAAAAGUAGAGUGGAUGAGUUAUUUGGAUAGGCAUCAGUAAAGGAAAUUGAAACUUGAGUGAAGAACCUUUAUUGAAACUUCAAUCCCAAAACCUACAUGUAUUUGAAUCAGUUUAAUAUUAUAAAGGCCACAGUUUCUGCCAGAUUAACAACUAGUUAUAACAAAUAAAUAUUUUCAUUGAUAAUAUUUUGUGAAAAAU